UUAAAUCAUCACUUUCCGAUGUUAUGCCAACAAAACAGAAAACCAGUUAAGGCUCGUUCACAACCAACACAUUUGUAUCUUAGCGCUCACUUCAUACCGGUACAUUUCACAGUACUCAGUUAUAAAAAUAAAAUUUCUUGUCAAAUCUCUGGUAGCGCAACAAAAAACAUAUGUUAUUGACGUUUAUGGAAAUGUUGAAGUUUUUAUAAGCAACGGGUCAAAAGCGCGUUUUAAAUGGCAUUGAAAAAAAAUAAUAGUAAUCAAAGCGAUGUAAACUUAUUACUUUCGGUAAUAAAUAAACACAAAAAUAUAAUAGAGUGCAAGAAAAGCGGUACCUUUACGGUAAAAGUGAAAAAUAAAGUUUGGGCCAAGAUUAAAGAAGAAUUCAAUAGCAAAACAAUUUCUCAUUUGAAAAAUUGAUGUCAAGGUAAUAUCAAUAAUGGGAUCGGAGAAGCUUCAAGGAGUGGAAUCGGUAUUCGAUAGUGAACUAGCUGCCAACUUUGAUAUUGAUAAGGCUGACAGCAAUGCAAGUCUUAAUCAUUAUCAGGAUGGUAGCGACAUUUUAGAUGAAAUCCUAGACACUAGCAUGACUGCAGACACGGCAACUACUUCUAACAAUUGGUGUUCAUACACGCAAAAAUACAAAGCGAAAAACUCAAGAUCGACCAGUGCCAAGGCGGUGAGAAUACAACAUGAUCGAAACUGGCAGCUGUUAAAUCAAAAUGGACCUAAGAAAAAAGCUGUGGGAGCAACAGGUAGAGCAGUCUGAAGUCGAACAUAAAAUGCGUAUGAGAGUAAUGGAAGAAUUAAGUAGCGCAAUCUUCAAAAAUAUAACACACACAAAAUAAUAGUACAGCUCCAUAUGUAUAUACUACAUAUGUUUAAAGGUUAUUUAUUAAUUUUUAAAUACAUGUAACAUAAUAAGUAAUUAUUAUAUUUAAAUAAAUAUAAUACUUAAUUUGCAGUUACAAUGUUGUAUGUAUCUAUUUAAUAAAUUAUUUCUGGUGACAUUUUUUUGAAUGCGCCGAUCAGAGCUGCGGUUGUUCGGUGUGUUUAAAACUGCCAUGAUUGGUCCAUCAAUUUCAGGAUCUAAAAAAGAUGCUUCAGUGUCGUGAUGCAAACAGCAUAAGUUGCUAAAGACUGCUGUGGCGAUGUUAAUAUUAGUGCCCGAGAGUUUACAAAUCGUUGACGAAUCACUGUGAAAUAAAAUUCAAUUAGUUAUCGCCAUACAAAUGUUAACUACUGACUGUGAAAACGGCUCUCAGGGUAAUGAAGACAUUUUACAUCGAUAAAUUAAGGAAAUUACUUAACCGCAAGAAUGUUCAUAUCUCUAUUUUAUUACUAUUAGAUUGGCUCUCAAUGUUCAUUAAAAAACAUAAGCGUAUGCCUUCGAAAGUACAUACAACUUGUAAUUUAUCUAGCGUAGUUUAUUACUUUUAAAAGUUGAAAUAAAACAAGAAAACUAAUAAUCGGCUUUUGAUCCACGCACUUAAAAUAUAUAUAAUUAAAUUAGAUAUAAUUAAAGUAUUUACAAAAGAACGCUUCCUCAAGCAAUUUUUCGAAAAUGUAUUAUUGUAAAUGCAUUAUCAGAUUAGAUCUUUCUUUAAAGUACAACUCUGGUCCUUUGUCCUUAGUUAUAUUACGUGAGUGUAUAAUAAAUAAUUAAAGUGCACAAAACUUAUUAAAUUUGAGCUAAGUUGAACCACAAAUAUGGAUUUCCAGAAUAUGUACCUACUUAUAUGUAUAUAUGUACAUAUGUAUCUUGUUGUAAUAAUAACUACUAACGAAUUAAUUUACCUCUAUUUUUAAAAGGGAAAACACAAUAAUAGAACACAAAAUGCCAUAAUUAUUGAGUUUAUGGAAAAAAUUCAGAUAUUUUAAGAUGAUUUACAAAACGUAAAUUAACACCAUAAUAAAUAAAUCUUUAUUCAGGCGAUAAUGUAAUGUGUGUAUGUAAAGUAAGCAAGUAAAUACAUACAAGUAUACAAAUAACUGCUAAAUUUCAGUUCCGAUUCCCCUCGGACAUCAAGUGGAUUACUAUUAAUCUUUUCGUUGCUUACUUCCUCUAAAAAAAAAUUAAAAAUUGCGGAACUUAUUGUAAACUUUAAUAGAAUUGCUUCCAAAUUUUUUGAUUUACAUUUUUGAUGUACAAGUUUUGUCUCAUUAGCAAACAACUGAUUCGAAUAUUAGUUUUGCUUAUGUUGGAAAAGACGAAAAUCCAAUUAGAUUCUGUUACACCAUUGAAAAUCUGAAUUGGUUUGCAAUUCUGACAACUAAAAAAAACUGUCAUGGAUUCCACAACACUUUUGAAUAUAAACUGACAGUAAUAUUGACCGUAAAGUACUUGUUUUAUUGUGAGAAAAGCGUGAGGCGCUUUUUACCAUAUUUUUCACACAUCGAGGAACGCUACGCUAUUUUAUAAGUUGUCAAUUUAUAUUAGUAAUUAUUUUUUACUUUUAAGUUGGAUGUCCUUUAAAAGUGGGCUUUCUAGUUCUUUUAAACUAUAUUUAAUAUUAUUUUUUACUGUAUGAAGGGAUUAACCAAGACUGUGAACUAUAAAUGGAUAUAUUUUACAUAAAUUUGUAUAUAACUCUAAGAGACUGUCAGCUAUUAACAUAAGUAGGUAUGAACUGAGAAUUUAAGUUUUAAUUUUUUAUUUAAUAAAAUAGAAGCGUUUAAAAAAGGUA